UUAACUUGCCAUAAUAAUCAGACGCAAUGGCGAAAAUACUGACAACCCAGUAUAAAUAGUGAAUUUACCAUAACAUGUUCAAUGACAGAUUGACAUUAAGAUCAAAUUCAAGUCAAGAAAAUGAGUAACUUUUUAAAGAAGAUGAUGCCAGGAAAACAUACAGAUAUGAGCCUGGGAUUAAAUCAUCUUCGAAAAUUGUUUGCAGAAUUCCGUCACCCAAAUAGAAGGGCAUCUCAAGAUGAACAAGAAGAAAAAUUGUAUACAAUGAUACCAUUGUUUUGCAAGACGUUUGGAGAGGUACCAUCCAGUGAAAUGAUGGAGAAGUUUGGUGAUAUUUUACAGUUUUCUAGCCACUUAUCUAAAUUAAUGGUCACAGAGAUAAGAAGGAGGGCUUCAAACCAAUCUACAGAAGCUGCAAGUUGUGCAAUAGUUCGAUUUCUAGAGAUAAACUCAUCAGAAGAAGCUAGUAAUGGUUGGAUGUUACUUCAGGCUUUAACUCUCCUAUCUUCUGGUGGACAAGCUUUGAUAGACAACAUGACAGGAGCUUCUCUGCCAUCAACUCUUGUAAAAUGUCUCUACUUAUUCUUUGAUCUACCAGAAAUCCUUGAUGGAGAUGCAGUUGAACCUGGCUGCAACUUUACACACACAGAAAGAAGAAUUUUAUUACAGAAAGUGUUUGUUCAGGUUUUAGUCAGAUUAUGUAAUUAUGCCUCCCCAGCCGAAGAACUGGCUAAAAAAGAUGAUCUUAGUUUACUAUUCAGUGCAAUAACAAGCUGGUGCCCUGCUCAUAAUGUGGUAUGGAGAAAAAGUGCUGGAGAAGUGUUAGUGACUCUGUCCAGACACGGACUGAUACCAAAUGUGGUCAAAUAUAUACAUGACAAAGGCUGUGUUCGACACUGUAUAGAAAACAUGCAACGUAUCCAAGAGUUAUCUCCCAUAGAACAAGUAGAGAUGUUUGUUACUGUGUUCUGUUUUCUGAAGGAUUCCAGUGAAGUGUCACAGGUGUUAAUGGAAGAUUUCAAAUCUUGUCAGGGAUAUAACUAUUUAUGUGAAUUUUUAUUAAGAUUAGAAUUGGACACUUGUUUAGAAUCCACACAGGCAUUAAGAAAUCUCUUAUUACUGGUUGGUUCCCUGACAACUUGUGGCUACAUGGAACUUAAACCAAAUCAAGCUAGUUCAGGGUCACUCUAUCAGAUGCCAGGAUUUUCUCUCCCACAACCUGCAGGCAAAGGUGUAAGUGUAAGGAACAUUCAAGCUUUUCAAGUGUUGCAGUCAGUUUUCAUGAAGGGCUCCACCAGUUGUCUUUGUAAUACCAUUUUAGAAGUCAUCAACAGUAUAUAUCAUCAGGACAAUGCUAACUACUUCAUAUUAGAACCACAACACACCAUGUCACAGUUUGUAGAAAAAAUCUAUCUGAAACCACAAGAUGUUCAGGAAAAGUUUUUUGAGCUACUGGAGUUUAUUGUGUAUGAUUUGAAUUUUGUACCCUGUAAAGAACUCAUCAGUAUCAGUAUACUCAUCAAAUCAGAUCAUUCCACACAAUGCAAUAUACUUUGUAUGAAGAGUUUACUCAAGAUUUUACAAACCCACACACUAUAUAAAGAUGUUUUCCGAGAGGUUGGGAUGUUAGAAGUGAUGGUCACAUGUUUACACAGAUAUGCUGCUCUUUUGAAAACUCCAGAUAACGAUACAGUAGAAUUAGAACCAAUAGCUGCUGACCAACAAGAAUUAGGUUCUUUGGUCAUGGAAUGUCUGACAGCUCUUCUUAGUGGAAAUAGCAAAAAUGCUGAUGUUUUUAGAGAGUGUGGAGGUGCUCGCUGUGCACAUACAAUGAUUCCACAUAUGCAGUGUCGUCAACAAACUUUAAAUAUUGUACAACAACUAGUGCUGUCCCCUGGUGGUGAUGAUGAUAUGGGAACAUUACUAGGGCUGAUGCAUUCUUCACCAGUGUUGUCACUUCAACUAAAAACACAUAUUUUAAAGGCACUAUUGAAUGUAUUAAGAGAGAGUCACAGAUCAAGAACAGUAUUCCGUAGAGUAGGAGGAUUUGUGUAUGUUAUGUCUGUCUUAGUGUCUAUGGAAGGUUGUUUGUGUGAUCCACCUAAAGUUCCCUGGGAUCAAGUAAGAAGAACUGAUGUAUUAAGUAUGCUGAAGACUGUGUUCAGUACUCUAACUGUAGCCAUGAGAUAUGAACCUGCUAAUGCCAAAUUCUUUGAGACUGAGGUUAGAUAUGAUAGUCUGACAGAAGCUGUAAGAUUACUGGGCUGUUUCUCCUCCACAAUAGAUAUACAACCAUCUGGUGAAGUGACAGAAGCAGAAGAACAAAAAAUGCUGUUUGAAGAUGUUUUUGUAAAUACCAAAGAAUCUAAGGGCUAUGAUGACAUUCCCAUGACACUGUUAUCUGCUUGUGUAAUGUUAAAGUACUUGUAUAAUAUGGCUCAGGAUAUCUUUGAUAAACCAACAUCUAGCCAGGCAAAGACAGAUUCUCCAUCAUUAAAGAGGCUGACAAUGUUUAAAGAGAGUAGUACCUCUCCCCAGUCCUCACCUAAACAGAAACGAGCCAGUACAGGAAGUAUACCUGAAGCAUCACAUGUUAGUGCAGAUCAAAUUAUUGUACAUCCUGGUGCUGUCUUGUCUUUGUUCCACCUGCUGCCAGCCAUAGAACAUGAUGAUGAUAAGAAGCCUGCCCUAGCUCUCCAGAUUAACACAGCUGAACUAUUGAAGAGUCUGUUACACACAGAAAGGAAUCAACAGAUAAUGUGUGAAUAUGGGUACCCUCAUGAACUUUUAAGUCAUGGAUAUAUAGCAUUAGCUGACGAGACACACCCACUCCACCCCUCACUCAGAUCUAUGUUUGAAAGGCUGGCAUCACAAUCUCUAACACCUAGAGACUUGAGAGAUUUCUUACGAUUGGGAUCUCCUUUGAAUUGUCGUCCUAUGGACAAUGACUAUGAUAUAGGUUCUAACAAUUGGAGUUGUAACUGGCCUAUCAGUAGGGCAUCUAGUGUUGAGGAGAGAAAGACACCUGUUGAGGUAGAAAGAAAACUGAAAACUGCUGGUGAGGCUGUCCCAUUGACCAGAGUCAAAUGUUUAGUUUCUAUGACAACACCAAAAGAUGCGAGAAUGCACGGAUCAGCUGUGACACCAUCUUUUGUAGAGUUUGAUAUGACAGCAGAGGGAUUUGGAUGUCUAUAUUUACCAAGUAUUGCACCCCAGGGACCUCCAACACCAUCUGUAGUUAGUGGUGUAGUUGGAGGUAAUGAUCCUGUGGUUAUAGGAGGAAUUGGAACAGGAGAAAGAGUAUUUCCACCCCAGGCAGGGAUGACAUUUUCCACAUGGUUUUGUGUAGAUAAAUUCAGUAGUAGGUCUGAUCCACAUCCAGUUAGGCUUCUUACACUAGUCAGGAAUUUACAGGGUAGAGAAGAAAAUUUAAUAUGUCUCAGUGUCAUAUUGACAUCUAGAGAAAAGGCAUUGAUAGUGUCAACAGAGGAGCAUUUGUUACCUAAUACGGUUACAGGGUCAGAAAUAGACGAAGAAUUAUCUUUAAAUGACAAUAGAGUAAGAUUCUGGUAUCCUGAACUAACACAGGAAGGACAGUGGCACCAUCUGGUGUUAAUAUUUCACAGAGCAGGAAUUAUGAAGAAUAGUAGUGUUGGUCUAUUUGUAGAUGGUGAUCAUGUGAAUACUCAGAAGCUACACUAUGUAUCCCCUAACCUUGGAGUAGGAGGAACAGCUAGUCCCACAGCCUUUACCUCAGUCUUUGCCUACAUUGGAAGUCCUCCUCAGGUCAGACGUAAUUCACGACUAACUUGGAGACAGGGCCCAUGUCAUCUUAUGGAGGAUAUAGUCAGCUCCAAUGUCAUUAAAAAUAUCUACAACCUUGGACCCAUUUAUAUUGGCAGUUUCCAAGCACCAAAUAUGGAUGAAGUUGACUUCCAAGGACCAUAUAUUAAUGAAGAGAAAGUGAUGUAUGGUGUACAUGCACAUACUGUAUUGCAAAUGACUGUAUCAAAGAUCAGAAAGGCUUACAACAAAAUAGAUAGUAAAUCUAUUGCCAAGCAGCUUGCCAUGUCAGCACAUGAUAAUGCUACUCCUAUCAGAAUCCUGCCAAAUUCAGCUGGUCAUAUGAAUGGGCCUGCCAGAAGUCUUGGAGCUAUACUGAUUGGAUAUUUAGGUGUUAGGACAUUUUGUCCAAAAGCUGUAGCUAAGAUGUUAGAGAAUGUUGGUGGAGCCUCUGCAUUACUGGGGUUAAUUGCCAUGGCAACAGAUGUAGAAGAGCUGUAUGCUGCAGUUAAGGCACUUGUGUGUGUUGUCAAGAGCAAUAAAAACAUUUUAAAAGACAUGGACAGAAUACAAGGAUAUCAGACACUUUCCAUGUUAUAUAAGAAGAAACAGCACCUAUUGAACAGUCAUAUCUUACAUCUGACUUUCUCACUGAUUGGUACGGUAGACAGUGGCAAAGAAAGUUCAGUCAUACCAAAUAAAAAGGCUUUUGAAGAUUUACUCUGUGAUUUGGAGGUUUGGCACGAGGCACCAUUCGAUCUUCAGAAAUCCCUUUAUGAACAUUUCUUUGAACUUUUAACUGAAUCAAGUGAACAGAUAAGUAAUUUCCAGUUGAUGAGAGACAUAGGCCUGGUAUCCAGAUUAUUACACAUCCUGAAAGACAACAAACUUACUCAAGCAUCAAUAGACACAAUAACAAGUGUGAUACAUGUACUGUUACAGAGCCCUCCAGAUCAUCAUUCAUUACUAAGAUUUGGUCAGUUUAUUGUAUCAACAUUACCUCAGAUGUCUAAUUCAGAGAAAAAUCUGGCUCUUAAUGGACUGAAGGUACCAGCCGAAGAGACACAAGAGGACAGCAUAUCAAUUUCAGAUGAUGAACAAGUGUCAUCCUACACAAUUAAACUAAGGAACAUCUGUUUAGAUGUGAUACAUAAGUUGAUACUGAACACAGAGGUAGAACCUGUACAACUAAAUACUCAAAUGUCAGAUGAGAUUCAGAAAGUUCUUGGAUUUGAUUGGUUACUGCUGUUUAUGCAAGGUCACAUUCAUCCUUCAACAGUUGUCAAGGCAUCGCUGAUCCUACUGACAAUGCUACAGAGCCAAUCAGCAACAGCGAAGUUCAGAGAGGGAAGUCUGGGAGGUGGAUGGCUUAAAGGAACAGAACCAGUACUUAAACAGCAUGUUGGAGUUAUGUUAGGUUUGAACAUAGGAACAAGUAACAAAGGUCAGAAAAGGGCACUCAACAGAGAGGUGUGUCAGGUCCCUGGAUUUACUAUAGUACAAUGGUUGCUACCAAAACAUGCCAAUGCUGCAGAAAUAUACUUCAUACUGAUGGCCAUGUUACUGGGUCAACAUAUAAAAGAACUGCCCUCUGAUGUACAGUUAAACUUGGAUCAAGUAUGGACAGUAAUAUUUGGUGUCCCUGCCAGUAAACCUGUUUCAGCCAUAGCUAAGGAAAAACAGGCUGAAUUGUGUCCUGAUGCUGCUCUAGUGUUGCUUGCACUUAUCAGACACAUGCUGAAUCAGGAGUCAGACCAAAAAUGCAGUACAUGGUUACAGGAAUACCCGGUAACACUGAUGCAGUUUUUGUUGUUUCUGUACCACAACCAGCCAGAUUUUAUCUCUUUGUCUAUCACAUCAGAAUUUAUCUCGGGAUUGGUAGCAACACUGUUUCCAUCCACCAAUGUAACCACGGAAAGUAAAGUUACAACACCACAGGAAGAAUACAUGCCAUUCCCAGAUGCAGAUGGAUAUAUUCACAUAAAAACUCCAGACCCUUCACAUGCCAGUGCAUUAAGUGAACAUCCAGCCAGAAAAUUUGUAAUAGAUUUCCUAAGGACUAUUAUACUUGACAGUUUUUCCCAGCAGUCAUCUCCUAAACCAGUAUUAGAUGUUGUUCUAGAUGCUUCUCCAGACAAUGCCAACAGACAACAAAGACAUGAGUUUCAGACAGAGAUCAUGAAGACUAUCAUGGAACACUUAGUAGCUGCUGAUGUUUUGUUAGGGGAACAAGCUGCAUUACCUAUAGCUACAGGAGGGAGCUAUGUCAGCAUGGCUAACAAUGUCUUUUACUUUGCCAGUAGGGUUGUUGAUAAAUUAUGGCAGAGUGUAUUUAUGAGAGAAUCUAAAGAAGUUUUUGAAUUCAUAAGCAAAUUGAUUGCUCAGGCAAAGAGAAAAGCUUCUGGUGUAUCUCUGGAUCUGAUCUAUAAAUCUCUAAACAGAACCAUUCUCUACCAGCUGUCUCGCCCGCUCACCAAUGUAGCCUCAUCAACAGGUGUACUGGAUGCCCUACACAAACUAACCAGUAACAGAAGUCUUGUGUUUGGACCAAACAAUUAUGAUACAGAGUUCCUUGUGUGUCUGUGUUACUGUUUGUUACAACUUACAGAGGAUCCAGAGAAAGGGUCAUCUAACUUACAUGGAGGACAAGCUAUGACAACAACAUGGCAUGUAAACUUAGGAGAAGAAGAUCCUUACAAUGAUUUUGUUAUAGAGGGCAGUGCAGUUCCAGAGGGACAUUUAUUGGUCUGUAAAGCAUCAAAAAGAGUCUGGGAAGAACUAUAUGCACACAAGAAACCUUCUCUAGAAGAAGUAUUUAAGACACAGUUAAAUAAUAUUGACUCCAUGAGUACAGACUUCACAUCACCAGAUUUGAAUACUGUCAGAGGGUUAAUACAGGAAUCAGCUUCAAAAGUUUGGGUACAGUAUGUUGAGAAUGAGAGAAAAUGUAACUUCUCCUACACAGAUAGAAUACCAGCUCAAAUUCAGUCUAAAAUAGCUAAAAUGGGAAAUGCUGUCCUGAAAUUUUCAGUAAGGAAAAAUAAAAAAGAUCUACCUUUAAAAUCUUCACCCUCGUCUACAGUUCAUAUGACAGACUACAUUUCCUGGACCUUGACACACAUGGCAGUCGUGAGAGAUUUAGUACAGUUACAGUUCCAACAGUAUCUUCAGGGACAUGAACACAUGGAGAGAUAUCUGGUUGAAGAAUGGGAACAGUGUGAGAAUGAGUUAUUAAGAGAGAAAGGACUAUGGGGUCCAUAUGUUGGAUCCAGGUUUGACAAAUGGAUGUUAGAUGUAACAGAGGGACCGUGUAGGAUGAGGAAGAAAAUGGUUUUCAAUGAUUUGUUCUACACCCACUAUCCUUAUAGACCAGAUUUAGAGAACAGUCCACUGAAGUAUAAGGUAGCAAUGUGCUUAGACAGUAGAGAAUAUUAUGAGAGGUACUUGCCCAAGACUUUGAUAGGAUUAGGCAAUGAAAUACUGCCCAUACAGAUUGGUACAAAUGUUGGCAGUGGUAGUGAAGACAGUGCAGAGGAAAGGUCACCUGAAGAUAUUUUGCCAAAGUUAGUACCUAGAAAAACAGAUCAGAAGUCCACCGAUCUGGAUGAAGAUAUAGAGGAAAUAAUUACAACUGAUAAUAAUACAGAGACCGACAAAGCAGAUGGUCCUAGUGAAGGACAAGGUGAUCAAACUGAUGGUAAAUCUGAUAACCAAACAGAUGUACAAACCAACAGCAGGUCCGAUAAUAACCAAGCUAUAUUUAGGAUUCUUGGGGAGGGAGAGAAGAUCACCAAUAUUUUCCGUUGUGCCAGAAUCCAGGGUUUGGACACUGCUGAGGGACUGUUGCUGUUUGGGAAGGAAUACUUUUAUAUUAUAGAUGGCUUGACCAUGUUAAAAUCCAGAGAAAUUAGAGAUAUUGACAGUCUACCACUUGACCUUCAUGAUCCUAUCAUACCAUCUAAGGGAUCAUGUUCACACAAGCGAACGAACAGUAAAUUUGCUUAUGAUGAUAUCAAAGAAGUUCACAAGAGAAGGUACUUGUUACAACCUAUAGCAGUAGAAGUCUUCUCUUCUGAUGGAAGAAAUUACCUCUUAGCAUUUCCCAGAAAGCUAAGGAAUAAAGUCUAUGCAAAAUUUUUAUCAGUAGCAAAUGAGAUGACAGAUAAUGCUCAGCAGUCAGUAUCUGGACAAAAAGUGGGAGCCAAAAUUGAAGCAAGUUCUGGUUUGAUCAGUUCCUUUAUUGGUGAGAAAUCUGUUACACAGAGAUGGGAGAGAGGAGAAAUAAACAAUUUUCAGUAUUUAAUGCACCUGAACACAUUAGCUGGACGUUCUUACAAUGAUCUGAUGCAGUAUCCUGUCUUUCCGUGGGUCGUGGCAGAUUAUGAUUCUGAAGAGUUAGAUCUGUAUAGUGAAACUACGUUUAGAGAUCUGGCUAAACCAAUGGGAGCACAAACUCCAAACAGACUGGCACAGUUUAGGAAAAGGUACACUGACUGGGAUGAUCCUCAAGGUGAAACCCCACCAUACCAUUAUGGAACUCAUUAUUCUUCAGCCAUGAUUGUAGCUUCUUAUCUAGUCAGAAUGGAACCAUUUACACAACAUUUCCUCAAAUUACAGGGUGGUCACUUCGACCUUGCAGAUAGAAUGUUUCACAGUAUUAAGGAAGGAUGGUGUUCUGCUUCUAAAAACAACAUGGCUGAUGUUAAGGAACUGAUUCCAGAAUUCUUUUAUCUCCCAGAGUUCCUUGGCAAUUCUAACAACUUUGAUUUAGGGAUGAAACAAAGUGGUGUGCAGUUAGAUAAUGUGAUGCUUCCAAAGUGGGCAAAAGAAGAUGCACGGGAAUAUAUCAGAGCACAUAGAGAGGCCCUUGAGUGUGAUUAUGUGAGUGCCCAUCUACAUGAAUGGAUUGAUCUGAUAUUUGGUUGCAAACAACAAGGCCAGGCAGCAGUUGAUGCAGUGAAUGUCUUCCAUCAUCUGUUCUAUGAAGGAAAUGUAGACAUAUAUAAUAUAGACGAUCCACUCAAAAAACAUGCUACCAUAGGUUUUAUAAACAACUUUGGACAAAUACCAAAACAACUGUUUAAGAAACCUCAUCCACAGAAGAAGUUAGCUUUAAGACUUGGUGACGCCAUACCAAUGGGACCACUACCACCUAAUGCCAAUGAUAAGUUAUUUUUCCACAACGUAGACAAUCUCAGACCAACAAAACAAGCAAUUAAAGAAUUGAAAGGUGCAGUUGGACAGAUUUUUCACCAUGAAAGUAAAAAUGUGCUAGCUGUAGAACAGAACAAAGUGCUGAUACCUCCACAGUAUAACAAAUAUUUAUCAUGGGGAUUCUCGGAUCUUAGUGUUAGAAUAGGCAACUAUGAAUCAGAAAAAGCUUUACAUGUUUUUGAGAACCUAGACAAUGGAGAAAUCCUGUGUGCUUCCUAUCCUAAUGCCAAAACAUUCAUAACUGGAGGUACAAGUACUGUUGUUAAUGUCUGGGAGCUGAAGCCAAAGAGUAAGAAAGUUUGUCUGAAGCAGCCUUUAUAUGGACAUACAGAAACAGUAACCUGUCUAGCAUCAUCUCAGGCCUACAAUGUGAUAGUCAGUGGGUCCAGAGAUAGAACCUGUAUUAUUUGGGACCUAAGUAGAUUGGUCUAUGUCAAACAGCUGAGGGGUCAUGCAGCUCCAGUGGCUGCUGUGUGUAUUAAUGAACUAACGGGUGACAUUGCAACAUGUGCAGGAACAUACCUGUAUGUUUGGUCCAUAAAUGGUGAAGAAAUUGCAUGUGUAAACACAGCUUCAUUGAGAAGUCAACAGAUCCUUUGUCUUGCCAUGUCACAGAUCCUUGAGUGGGAUAACAGAAAUGUAAUAUUAACUGGCAGUGGUGAUGGUGUUGUAAGGAUGUGGUCCAUUGAAUAUGUGCAGGUUCCUGUUGAAGAAAGACCUUCCAAAGAUGCACAAAAUGACAGUAGUGAUACAAUGACAAAGGGAACAGGAGGAGAUUUAACAAGUCCUACAUCCAAACUGUCACGUCAGGUAUCUUGUGAUAGUUAUGGACUUCAACAGAAUUCAGCCAUUGAAAGGUUACAGGAAUUCAGAGAGCCAAAUCUUGUAGACAUUAGUAGUUCUUUAGAAAGUGAAAGUAAUAUGACAAAAAUCUUAGGAUCAAAGGGUAAAGGUAGACUUCCUGGAAACCUGGAUAGGGAGGAAAGUAUUACCAGUAGAACUAGUAGUACUAGUGACUUUCAAUACAGUCGGACAGGAUAUGGUGACGAUGUAAUUCCUGAUGAUACACAUUCCGUUAAAUCAGCUGAUUUAUCUAUUGACACAGCCGUGGAAGCUUACGAUGAAAUGGUUCAAUCAAACAUCAGCGAUACUCAACUUCCCAGCCUUUCUGAACCAAAUUUGGUUAGUCUAGCAGAGGGUUCUGGAAUGGAUAAGAGUCAAAGUCAUCCAGACUUGAAGACUGGGGAGUUAGAGAAACCAGAUUUUGGGAGAUCGGGAUCUUCAGAGUUUGAAAUAAUAUCCGACAAAGAAGCAAGAAAUUCUCCAAAAACAGUGGAAGACAUUCUUAAAAAAUACAGACCAAGAACACGACAUGCUUUGAGAGAAGGUUUUAGAUGGCAGAGACAGUUGGUAUUUAGAAAUAAAUUAACAAUGCACACAGCAUUUGAACGAAAAGACAACAAAGACCCAGCAUCUGUUACAUCUAUAGCUAUUUCCAAGGAUCACAAGACAGUGUAUGUGGGUGAUAACAAAGGUCGUAUCUUCAGCUGGACGGUAAGUGACCAGCCUGGCCGUGUUGUAGCAGACCACUGGAUGAAAGAUGAAGUAGCUGAUGCUUGUCAAUGUGGUGUUAAAUUCUCAUUUUCAGAUAGACGACAUCACUGUCGAGACUGUGGAAAUGUCUUCUGUGCAAAGUGCACAAGAUAUGAAACAGAAAUAAGAAGACGGAUGAUAUUACGACCAGUACGAGUAUGUAAGGAAUGCUAUAAAUCUAUCAAGGGAGAUAAAUCAUGAUCUGAGUCGAUGAUCUUCUCUAUGAUAAUCUAGUCAUUAUUGUAAAUUAGAAUUAUUUUGUACAUUUUUUACAUAGAGAUAUAAAUUAUAAAGUAUUAUUUUGUUGUUGAGAUAAGGCAUAAGUUUUUUUUUUGACAAAGUAUGUAAGUAAGUGAUUGUAAAAAUGUCGGCAUACUAAUUUUAUCAUGGCAUUUUCAGAAGACAAAUUUUGUCAUUCUUAAAAAGAUUCUGUUUUACUUCAUAUUGGCAUUGUUACUUUUUUCUAUGGCAUUUCAUUCCAUAUUGUCAGAUUGUUAAAUAUAUUUAUGCUUGUCAGUAGUGCUUUUCUACUUCUACUAAAUAUUAGAUUAUACUCAAUUUAUGAUUAAAUUAUUUAACGAAACCUGUUUAGUAUUUGUAAACCACUUAUAUAAUUCAUGCUGAAAUAAUGUGAGUUAUAUUUCAUUUUUUGUGAUAUUUGGUUGUGAUAGAAUUAGAUAAAAAUAUAAUAUCACAUUCCAUUUUGACUGUCAAGACAAGGCAGAUUUUUUAAAUGUUGUGUGAUUACACAGAAGUGUGUAGUCUCAUAUUGGUUCGGAUAUAUUAAACAAUUGAUAGAGAAUCUUUACUGGAAUUGCAAAAAAUAAGACUUUUCACAAGUCAACAUGCUUUUUGCUACUGCGCAAUUUGCAUGUGUUCAAGCAUAUCCCCUUUAUAAAAUAAUCUUAUGGAAAAUUACAUAAAUAAAAUAUUAAACAUAUUUAAACACUUAAUUUUAACCAAUGUUCCCUUAGUAUCUUCAAUCUCUUUUUUAUAGAUAUGAAAUUAAAAAUAUAAUGAUUUACUGCAAUAUGAUAGUGGGUGGAAUCCUUUAUCUUAAAACAGAAUUUGUUUGUAAUUUAUUAUCUAGUGUAUCUUUUUGUUUACUUGUUGUCUAAGAAUAAAAGAUGACAUAGUUGAUUUUUAAGGAAUACAUGGAUAGUUCUAUUUUAAAUACUAAUUACCCAUUAAUGACUCAUCCAUAGACCCAUUAAAGAAUUUCCCUUGAUUUUCAAAUAUGGAAAAUAUAAUGUGUCCUCAAUCUUAAUGCUGAAUGCAUUGCAACACAGGACUCCAAAUAAAGUCUAUGAUUUUGUUUGUAGAAAGAUAUUCAUUAAAACUGCUGUCAUACUUCAGAAAAUUGAAUGCAAAUUUUUUUUUUUCUGUGAAGACAGAAGCAGCUUUAUCAGUCUUACUAUAAAAUGAGGUACUUCAAAUUGUUUUGUUGAAGGAUGUACGGUUGCCUUUAAUUGCUAAUAUCCACUUCCUUUUUAACUUUGGUUGGUAGUUGUCUCAUUGGCAAUCAUACCACAUGUCUGUAUUUCUAUAUUGGUAAAUACAAACUUAAUACCUGAAUUUCUAGAAUGACAAGGCUGCAUACACAGAUUGUCUUAGCAGGAGAUAAAACUUGAAUAUCCUGUUGAGGUUAUUUAAAAAAUCUCCAAUUUAGUUUGUUAGAAUCAUUUUAAUUAAAACAGGUAUGUAAUGAAAUAGUGGAGUGCCAGAAGUAAAACCAUGGAUUGAUUUAUGCUGUGAUUUCUGGUGUGAAUUUUACAAUUUGAAUAAGUAAAACCCUGACUUUCAAGUUCUAUAAAAAUGAUUGAAAACAUGUAAAAAUAUCCACACUUGAUAGAAAAGGUUACAAUUUGUUCUUUUGACAUUUAAUUGUUAUUUUACGAGUAGGUUAACAUGAUUUUGUACAGGUAAACUAACGAAAAAGUAAAACCAAUAACUGAUAAAACCUUCCCAUUCCAUUAUUGUGCCAUUUAAAUGAAUUUCAUUCCGACUUUCAAAAAGUCAGUCAAUAUAGAUAAUGAUUAAUUACUGCUGAAGCUAAGCUUGUUACUAGUGUUUCUUAUAUUGUAAAUGUCAAA